CGGGAAGCCAAUAUAGACGCGCGGUUUGACUGUUCUACUAACAUUCGUCGUUGUCUGUCAGCGGCGGUUGGGUGGACUUUUACUUUCAUUUGCAAAUAUCGUCGGUCGGUUGGGGCUGGUUACUAGUGGUGUUGAUUCUCGUUACUUUCGUGUAUUCGUUACUCUUCAACAAAGUCCUGGUACCCUGUUGUCGCAUUUCUGGUUCAUAAUACUUACGGUGUAACCAGGUGAACUUUUUUUUGAUUGGCGGGCAUAGAAUUUUACAAAUGUUUUUAAAUCUGGAGUUUCCAGGUUUCCGCCCGAAUGUGGAAUGUCUGGCAACCCUGAUGGAAGAGCGGCAGUGCUACAGUGAAACCGGAACGGAUACAGAGUAAUCAAAGUAAUCAUUUCGUGCUCGGAUUGAUACUGGUUACUUCGGGUAUUAGCAGUAACGAGUACUCGAGUAUUUUACUUUUUCAACACCUCUACUGGUUACCCAGAUACCAGACAAAUACGAGGGGAAUAUUGCUCUGCUUCCGCGUAUGGGUUUGCCGUCAUGGAUGAGUCAAAACUAUUUGACAUGAAUCGCCAAUUCGAUGAAAAAUUAAUCGAGUUAGCAUCGCUGAAAGGCGAGAAUAGGCAGUUCUACUCAAGGGAAAGCUAUGCAGAGAUGAUUCAAAAAGUAAAAGAUUCUAAGUGUAAGGUGUCUCACAAGAAACCAGAAGACUACCAGCGUCUUCGGAAAUACGACACUAUGAAUAUUGGAGAAACUGAAAGGUUGAUCGUUCCUGUUAAAGAAGAUAAUGUGAUUAGGCUUUUCGUGUAUAAAGACGAAAUAUUUAGGAUCUUACACGAGACGCAUCUAGCAUUAAAACAUGGCGGACGAAACAGGAUGGUGGAAGAAUUGAAUUUACGGUAUAAAAAUAUUACCAGGGAAAUGAUAAUGAUUUAUUUAAGCCUGUGUAAUAUCUGCGGACAGAAACACCACGCUCAAAAAGGAGCUGAAUGCAAUAAGCGUUGGACGUAUGUUAGAGAUUACUAUAUCAGACGUAGAGGGAAGCCGAAUCUAGGUACAAGCAGUCAAGCUGCAAGGAAGCGGGCACAAAAUCUGACAUUCCUUGACGGUAUCACUCAGAAAAAACGAAGAGCAUGUCUUGAGUGUUCUCACACAAGUCAAGAAAACGUUAGUGUCAGUGAAGAGGACGAGAAUAGCAGACUCGAGACAACUGAAGCCGAACCAGUGACUUUGAAUUCAUUUGAACGUGAAGCUUCAUCGCCUGAACCAGUUACCUUAAAUUCAUUUGAGCCUGAAGCUUCAAUUGAUGAUAUUCAAGAACCUGACAAGAAGAAACGAAAAUUAGAAGUAGCUGAAGAACGAUUAGCAAUCUUGAAAGAAUUAGCCGAGAAUUUGAGGGAAAAUUCCACAGAUAUUAAAGACGCAAACGAAAAUGAUCUGUUUUUUGCUGCAAUGUCUAAAAUCGUGCAGAAGUUACCUAGAUCAGUUCAGGCACAAUUACGCAUGGAUGUAGCUAAUUUAAUUGGAAAUGCUGAGAUAAAAGCUUUAUCAUCCACCGAGAAUUCCACGUCUGGUAUUAAAUACGAUGAUAAUUUUGUAUAGUUAUAAAUAAAAUUCAGAUCUA